UCCCUCUUGUAGUUGCGUAUAUCCACCACGCAUGGGCGCUGUUGCCUAGCCGUGCCCCUCACUCCACUCUCUCUCCGCUUGCCCAGCCUGCCUCACUGCUGCCUCUCUGCCUCAGCCAACCCGGGCUGUGCCGAGCUGCUCCCUGCGGGAUCAGAGCGCUCCCCCGCCGGGACCCUUCUCUCACAUCCCCCUGCUGGGACGCGGCUACAUUUCCAGCCAAGCACUGCCUGCCUUGGCUUUAUUAUGUGUGUCUGCGCCGCAGCCCCGCCAGCAGAGGCAGGCAGAGGAGGAGGAGGGAGACUGGUAGCCAGAGUCAGGACAAAGAAAAAGCAAGGAGACAGAGGCUAGCGAAGGGUUAGACUGCUGAAAUAUUCGCUUGAUAUUAAUACCAACCACCGAUUAAGGCACAGAGCAAUAUUAACAAAAAGACAUCUUGAGCAGUAUACCCUUCGGGGUGGAGAUGCAAGACAGGAGCGCUAUGCCCAUGCCAUCAGGACUCCACCACUAGUGUAGAAAAGCGGAACGGAACACGGGAAGAUUCUCGGUUCGAGUCGCUGCCGCUGUCUUGGAGGGAAAACAAAAAAUAAACAAGCCGAAAUAGUUUUGCUGCACUUAAGUCCACGACGAAGACGCGAGGAACACCGUGAAGACAAGUCUUAUUUUACAAAAGCAAAAUUCUUGCCACAGUUUCCGUAAUAUCCCAUCACCUGGCUAUCGCGCGGGGCUGGUCAGUGUUCAGACCGCGCGGGACCCUGGUGCUCGCGCUCAGGUUCGCCACACCACAAACCAGAGACACCCGCGCGACAGCCCAGAGACAGCCAAGAGACAGCGUGCAGGAAACACUGUCGGAGAGGCGACGGACACGGGAAGUUGUUUCCCUACUCCACAGGUUGCGUGUGCUGAGGAGUCGUUGCCUGAAAACGUUCGCUCUUCUUGGGCUCCACUACGGUGUGGGGCGAGCUGCAGCCGCGGGACUAACGCCGCUUCCCACUCACAGACACGAGCUGCCGCAUUGCAACAGGCGGAGAGGAGCAGCCGAGGUGAAGAGGAGGACACAUAACCUGAAGGGGUCCUGUAUGGUUAGUUCAAAACGCGGAACGGAACACAACAAACAGACAAGAAAAAAAGAAACAUUACAGAGAUGUCAAGACGAAAACAAGCCAAACCACGCUCAGUUAAAGCAGUGGAAGAAGGGGAGUCCUCCGAAUGCACUGGGCCCUGGGAUGAAUCGAGCGUCCAGACAGAAGUGCGUGCCUCAGAAAAAGAGCCCAAAGAGGGUGAGAGAGCGGAGGAGGGCGAAGAUGACCAUGACGAAGAUCGCGAGCAUGAUGAUGAUUUAGACGAUGAGUCCAUAUUUACGUGUGACAACUGCCAGCAGGAUUUCGACUGUUUGGCAGAGCUGACGGAGCACAGAACCAACCACUGCCCUGCUGAUGGUGAUGAUGACCCAGCAGGCCUAUCCUGGGUGCCUUCUUCGCCCUCCAGUAAAGAUGUGGCGUCGCCCUCGCAGAUGCCCGACGGCUGUGACCCAGGCAUGGCCACAGGCGGAGAGGAGGAGGGAGGGGCCGGGCUGCCCUACCCCUGCCAGUUCUGUGACAAGUCCUUCAGUCGUCUGAGUUACUUGAAACGCCAUGAGCAGAUCCAUAGCGACAAACUGCCUUUCAAGUGCACCUUCUGCAGCCGCCUGUUCAAACACAAGAGGAGUCGAGACCGCCAUGUCAAACUGCACACAGGAGACAAGAAAUACAGUUGUCAGGAGUGUGAAGCUGCUUUCUCUCGCUCUGAUCAUUUAAAAAUCCAUCUCAAAACUCACAGUUCGAGCAAACCCUUUAAGUGUAGUGUGUGUAAGCGAGGUUUUUCUUCAACAUCAUCACUGCAGAGCCACAUGCAGGCUCAUCGUAAGAACAGGGAGCACCUGGCCCUGAGGGGUGACCGGGACGGUGGUAAAAGGGGUGCAGGGGGAGAGGGCGACCUGGAGCAGGACCUGUAUAUGUGUGAUUACUGUGAGGAGACGUUCAGCCAGACCGACGAGCUGGAGAAACACGUUCUGACCAGACACCCCCAGCUGUCCGACCGCGCUGACUUGCAAUGCAUCCACUGUCCCGAGAUCUUUCUAGACGAGGCCUCCCUACUCACUCAUAUUGAAACCCAGCAUGCCAACCGCAAACACAAAUGCCCAGUGUGCUCUGAACAAUUUCCUUCUGUGGAGGAUGUGUAUUGCCACCUAGACAGCCAUCGGCAGCCAGACUCAUCCAAUCACAGCGCAGCAAGUCCCGACCCGGCUCUGGGCAGUGUGGCAUCUAUGAGCUCAGCCACUCCAGACUCCAGUGCCAGCCUGGAGAGAGGGUCCACACCAGACUCCACCCUAAAGCCCAGCCAGGGCAGUGAGCGGGCGCGCAGGAGGGGCACAGACACGACAGAAGAGAUAGGGAUAACUCUGGGACAUCAAAGUGGAGGUGGUGGAAAUAACUGGUCAAAAGUCACCUACUCGUGCCCUUAUUGUUCCAAGAGAGACUUCCACAGCCUGGCCGUGCUGGAGAUUCACUUGAAGACCAUCCAUGCAGAUAAGCCCCAGCAGAGCCACACGUGUCAGCUGUGCUUGGAGACACUGCCCACCCUGUACAACCUGAAUGAACAUGUGCGUAAAGCGCACCGCUCCAGCUCGGGAGGGAGUGCAACUACUGCCUCUUUUCCCCUACUGCAGUUCACCAAUGUCACCGCCUUCCACUGUAACUACUGCCCCGACAUGUUUGCCGACAUCAACUCUCUCCAGGAGCACAUUCGGGUGUCCCAUUGUCUGCCAGGGGGCAUUGUAGCAGGAUCCACCACUCUAGAAGGAAACCAUGCCUUCUUCUGCAACCAGUGCUCUAUGGGAUUUUUGACUGAGUCGUCACUGACAGAACAUAUACAGCAGACACAUUGUACCUCUGCUUCAGGAGGAGGGUCUGGCUCUGGAGGAGGUGUGGCUAAAUUAGAAUCCCCUGUUCUACAAGCCGCAUCCCAAUCUUUUAUGGAGGUGUAUUCUUGCCCGUACUGCACCAACUCUCCUAUCUUUGGCUCACUCCUCAAGCUCACCAAGCAUAUAAAAGAAAACCACAAAAACAUCCCACUGGCCAACAACAAGCGGCAGGCAAAAAUGGCAGAUCUUAGUCCCGCCUCCUCUGAUGUGGAAAUCUCAUCCCCCAAACGUCACAGACUGGGCGGGGACUCAACACCUUCUGUGGGGAGUAACGGAGAUUACCCAUGUAACCAGUGUGACAUGAGGUUUUCCAGCUUUGAAGGUUUCCAGGCCCAUCUCAAGUCCCAUUUAGAGAUGCUGCUGAGACGCCAGUCCUGCCCUCAGUGCAACAAGGAAGACUUUGAAUCCCAGGAGGCUUUGCUGCAACACCUGACCGUGCAUUACACCACCACCUCCACCCAGUAUGUGUGUGAAAGCUGUGAUAAGCAGUUCUCUUCUGUGGACGAUCUCCAAAAGCACCUGCUGGACAUGCAUACGUUUGUCUUAUACCACUGCACUCUCUGCCAGGAGGUCUUUGACUCCAAGGUCUCAAUCCAGGUGCAUUUGGCAGUAAAACAUAGCAAUGAGAAGAAGCUGUUCCGCUGCACAGCCUGUGCCUGGGACUUCAGAAAAGAGACAGACCUCCAGCUUCACGUCAAGCACAACCAUCUGGGCCAGAGGUCAGGCCUGCCAGGGGUGCUCGGAGCAGGCCUUAAGCCAAGAAAAUGCAUUUUCUGUGGAGAGACGUUUGGAACUGAAGUGGAGCUCCAGUGCCACAUCACGACACACAGCAAGAAGUUCACUUGUCGCUUCUGUGGCAAAGCGUUCCAUGCCAUUUCACUGCUCGAGAGGCACUUGAGAGAGAAGCACUGCAUCUUCGAUGGCGCGAGCAUCACUGGUAAUGGAGGAGGGACAGGGAGCAGCAGCAGCCAGAACGGGACCCCCAAUGGCCUCACACAGCCCUCCAAACGAGGAGGUAGUGGGACUAAUUCAGGAGGAGUGGACAGGGCAAGUGUUGCAGCUACAGAGCAAGCUGAAAUUCAGAACAUGUUGCUCAAAAGUGGAGUGGUGGGAGGAGGUCAGGGUGGCGACUCAACUAAUAGCCAUGAGGCGAGUGGAGGUGAGGAGGAACUGGACAAUUCUGAGCCUAUGUAUGCCUGUGAUAUCUGUGGAGCAGCCUACACCAUGGAAUCCCUAUUACAAAACCACAGGCUGCGCGAUCACAACAUCCGACCCGGAGAGGAUGAUGCAGGUUCUCGAAAGAAAAAGGCGGACUUCAUCAAAGGCAACCACAAGUGCAAUGUGUGCUCCAGGACAUUCUUCUCUGAGAAUGGGCUUCGGGAACAUGCUCAGACGCACCGAGGCCCAGCAAAGCACUACAUGUGUCCCAUCUGCGGAGAGCGCUUCCCCUCUCUGUUAACCCUUACAGAACACAAGGUGACCCACAGUAAAAGCCUGGACACAGGCACCUGUCGGAUCUGUAAGAUGCCCCUGCAGAGUGAGGAGGAGUUCAUAGAGCACUGUCAGAUGCACCCUGACCUGCGUAACUCUCUGACGGGCUUUCGCUGCGUGGUGUGCAUGCAGACCGUCACCUCCACACUGGAGCUCAAAAUACAUGGCACCUUCCACAUGCAGAAGCUCUCGUCGGGGUCGGCUCUAGGUGGAGCUGCAGCCGGAGGUGGCAAUGGAGGAGGGAACGGCUCGGCCUCCUCGUCUCCCAAUGGGCAGCUGCAGCAGCACAAGCUGUACAAGUGUGCUUUCUGUCUCAAGGAGUUCAAGAACAAAGGAGAGCUGGUCAAGCUGGACGUCAAUGGCCUGCCUUAUGGCCUCUGUGCUGGCUGCAUGAGCAGAGGAACCAACGGCCAAAGUCCCAGUCAGGGAGGAGCUACCACACCAGGGGAGGUGGUGGGAGACAAGCCUUUGGCUGGGCUGCGGUGUCCAGAGUGUGGGGUGAAGUUUGAGAGCCUGGAGGACCUGGAGAGCCACGUCCAGACAGACCACCCUGAGGUCAGCCCGGAAAACAGUGCCAAGAAGGCUGAAGCUUCCCCAGCGCCUAAGAAAAAGACGUACCAGUGCAUCAAAUGCCAAAUGACGUUUGAGACGGAAAGAGAGAUCCAGAUUCACGUGGCCAAUCACAUGAUUGAGGAGGGCAUCAAUCACGAGUGCAAGCUGUGUAACCAGAUGUUUGACUCACCUGCCAAGUUGCUGUGCCACCUGAUAGAGCACAGCUUCGAAGGCAUGGGAGGUACCUUCAAGUGUCCCGUCUGCUUCACAGUAUUUGUACAGGCCAACAAGCUCCAGCAGCACAUCUUUGCAGUGCACGGUCAGGAAGACAAGAUCUACGACUGUUCACAGUGUCCACAGAAGUUCUUCUUUCAGACUGAGCUACAGAACCACACGCUGAGUCAGCACGCGCAGUGAGACCGCGGCCUGGCAGGAUCUCUCGGCUCAGCCCAGGGCCCCCGACCCACGGCCGGCAGGGGACCCCCAUCUCCACAUCACAGCCAAUCAAAGUGUCAUUUGCUACUCACAUGUAAAACUGUAACGAUCGCACCACUGGGUGCGGCUAUUAGGAGCAGCGGGGAAAGGAAUAUUAAUGGGAUAUGCUAUUAAAUAAAGAAAAAGCAAAAGUGGGUGAGCAAACCAGUGCAAGCUAGAUGAAAGAGAGAGAAAGGAGUUAAAAAGGUAUUGUACGUGCAGUAUUUUUUAUUGUCCCACCACCUUGCCCCCUACCAUCACCCUCUCCCCCCUCCCAGGUUAUCUGUUUUAUUUUGUUAUCAAAUGUAAAAUGAAAAAAGCAAGAGAGGUCUUUUUUUGAGAAUUGGUUUUAUAUUGUAGAGGCUUCACUUUCCGUCUCUCUGUUGCUUCUUGUAUUCAGCCUCAUAGACUUUCUUUUCUCCAGUUUACCUUUUGUUUAAAUUUGAUACCAUUCAUUUCUUUGUAAGUAGGUACUUGUGCUGUGUUGUGAUCGUUUGCCACUUGCAUUCUUCAGUUCUUUUUCCCUGAAACUCCUUUUUAUGAUUACUAUAUAUAUUUUUCCUUUUUGUAAUUACUAUGAAAAAAGAAAUCAAAAUAAAGAGCAGAAAAUCAUACAGAUGUUUCAUUUUUGGAUUGGGUUUUCCAGUCUCUAUGGGGCCUAUACGGAUUAUUGUAAAAAUGAAUAUCUUCAGUUUUCAGUGCGUCUGGUCAAUGACUGCUUUUUAAAUGUGAAUUAACCAGAUUGCAAUAAUCUAGUACAGACGAAAGAUAAAACAAAUAAAUA